AUGUCCGCCAUCUCCUUCGCCCAAGGCAAAGGCGCCCCCAAAUCCGACUCCUACACCCCAGUCCCAGAAUCCGACCUCGAAUCCCUCGGCCGCCACUGCGAAUUCGAAUACUGCAACCAGCUCGACUUCCUCCCCUUCAAAUGCCUCUCCUGCCACUCAACAUUCUGCCUCGACCACCGCUCCGAGACGGCACACCGGUGCCCGCACGAAGGCGAGUGGGCUCGCCGCCGGAACAACUCCCCCGCAAGCGCCACCGGCCAAAGCACGCCGACGCAAAAGCCUACAAUCUACAACUCCGACCAGUGCGCGCAUGUCUCUUGCAAGACGCUUAUCAACACGCUCAAGGACCCCGGCGUCAAGUGCCCCGAGUGCAGAAGGGAAUACUGUCUCCAGCACCGGCUGAAGGAGCAGCAUGAUUGCGCCAAGAUUGCCCCGCGAUUAGGCGGCAGCGCGAACGCCCCGCCGAGCGAUACGAUCCGGUCGAUGUUCGCGAAGGUCCGCACGUGGGGGAAGGAUAAGAGCCAGGCUGCUGCCACUGCUGCCGCGGCGGCGAAACCGAAGCCGAAGGCUAAUAGUCCUGCUGCGCGCAUCGCGGCUACGAAUGCUAUGAAGAAGUCGGCGAAGGGUGACGCCAGUGUGCCGGCUGAUAAGCGAGUGUACUUGCAUGUUGUUGGGACGUCAGAGACGCAGGGGGCAGAACCACCGAAUGCGGAUUUCUGGUUUGACGGGCGAUGGAAGGUGGGAAGGGUACUCGACGAUGCGGCGAAGAGGUUAGGGGUUGAAAACAACAAUAACCGAGUCGGAGAAGAAGCCCGGUUACGGAUCUUCCAUGUUGAGAGCGGGGAUUUCCUGGAGUUUUCCGAGUCUCUUGGGGGUGGAAAGGUGAAGACGGGGGAUACAAUCGUCAUGCUGAGGGGAGCCGGGGUAAUGCUGGGGAAGUGA